CGCUCCGCUGCUGAAGCACGGCCUUCCCCCAUUGCUCUCGACACUCACUCUCCGCGCGCGUGAACUCUCUCGCGAACCGAAAUGGCCGGAUACCCGAACCCGCCGCCGAACUACGGCUACGGAGCCCCACCACCACCGUACGGCGCCGCCCCAGCGUACGGGCAGCAGCCCUACGGCGCGGCGCCGUCCGCCCCCUACGGCGCGCCGCACCCCGCGGACAAGCCGGCGAAGGACAAGCCCCCGAAGGACCCCUACGGAGCCGUCCCGCCACCGGCGGCGGGCGCCGGGGGGUACCCGCCGGCGCCGGGGUGCGGGAACCCGUUCGCGGCGCUGAUGCCGUCGCAGUUCCCGCCGGGGACGGACCCGAGCGUGGUGGCGUGCUUCCAGAUGGCGGACCAGGACGGGAGCGGGCUCAUCGACGACACGGAGCUCCAGAGGGCGCUGUCGACGUACAACCAGAGCUUCAGCAUGAGGACGGUCCACCUGCUGAUGUACCUGUUCACCAACACCAACGCGAGGAAGAUCGGACCAAAGGAAUUCACCCAGGUGUUUUACAGUCUCCAGAACUGGAGGGGCAUAUUUGAGAGAUUUGACAGGGAUAGGAGUGGGAAGAUCGAUGCCAACGAGUUGAGAGAGGCGCUUCUGAGUCUGGGAUUCUCCGUCUCGCCCGUCGUUCUCGACUUGCUUGUCUCCAAGUUCGACAAAAGCGGAGGCAAGAACAGGGCCAUCGAAUACGACAACUUCAUCGAGUGCUGCCUUACUGUCAAGGGACUGACCGAGAAGUUCAAGGAGAGGGACCCCAUGUACUCGGGCUCGGCGACUUUCAACUACGAGGGCUUCAUGCUGACUGUGUUGCCUUUCCUUAUUGCUUGAGUUUGAGACCUUAAUAUGGUUCUCGGGCAGUAUCGUUGAUGUUUCCCAAGUAAUUUUCGCCGUCUGUGGCAUCUUUGCCCCCCAGUGAACUGGUAUAAUGUCACGUUUGCUUCAGUCAAAUAAGCUUCGAACUUUUCAAUGUAGUUUUACUUCUCCAA